GCGCCUGGGCGGGCCGGAGCGCCUGCGCAGCGGGCUGAGGGAGGCGCUGGGCGACAUGUUCCGGAACCCGGAGAGCGAGGGCGACCGCAUCGGCUCCAGGGCCAUGAAGUCCCCAGGAGGAGAAUCAAGCAAUCUUUUUGGAAGUCCAGAAGAAGCUGCUCCUUCCAGCAGGCCUAAUAGGAUGGCAUCUAAUAUUUUUGGACCAACUGAAGAACCUCAGAACAUACCCAAGAGGACAAAUCCCCCAGGGGGGAAAGGAAGUGGUAUCUUUGAUGAAUUGACUCCUGUGCAGACACGACAGCAUCUGAACCCACCUGGCGGGAAGACCAGUGACAUUUUUGGCUCCCCAAUCACUGCUGCUUCACGCUUGGCACACCCAAACAAACCCAAGGAUCAUGUCUUUUUAUGUGAAGGAGAACCAAAAUCAGAUCUUAAAGCUCCAAUGAGCGUCCCGUCUGGAGAAGAGCUAGCGGAGAAAGGCAGCGUUAGAGAAGUGGGCCUCGCCAAGGAGCACGUGCCCACGCCCCAGAUUGACAGCCAUGAGCCGCGGUUGGGCCCGCGGCCCCGCUCUCACAACAAAGUCCUGAACCCACCUGGAGGCAAAUCCAGCAUCUCCUUCUACUAAAAGAAGCUACUGCUUCACCUGUAGCCAGACAAGAAACUUCAGAAAUAGGGUAUCGAAUAUAUCAUUUCCUUUAGGCCAGAUGAGCGGGGUGGGAAAGGGUUGGUCGCAUGUGAGGCUGGCUGCUCAGCGUCUCCAUUGCCAUCCAAGAGCUACACAGAGAACCGUGCCUUCCAGACUGCUAAGAGACGCAUCUUUGUGGGGAAAGUGUGAUUCCCCUGGUCUUCACUCAUUUGUAGUUCCAGAUGUGAGAGGAACUCACAGAUGGGCGAGGGCAGGUAGGUGGUGCAGGGCCGCAGUGAGGCUUGGGCAAGUGUGCUCUUUUCUGUCCUUGCAUCAGCAGUCCAACAGCUGACAACAACUCAGAAUGACAGGAAGAAAUCCAAGGCAACCGUCUGUUGCAGUGAGAUGCAGCAGCAAGGCACAAGAAACACUGGCAACGCCACGUACCCUUCACCAGAUCGUUUCAUUCCUGAUUGACUGCUGCUAAGCCUCAAUGUGUCCAUUUCAUUUUAUCCCCAGUGUUUUAUACAGCAGUCUUUUCUUGAAACAUCUUGAUUGCUUUUCCUAGGCAGCUUUCACAAAAACCAAAAGGUUGUCCUCAGUCCUCUGCUUUAUGGGAGGAUUUUGUACCCUGAUUCUCUGAAGUGCCCAGUUUCUGCCGUCUGAAACCUUGACUGAUCUCAUGCCUUUCUCUCA